AUGUCUGCAACUAUAGUACUAAGCGCACGACCGGCAAAAGAAAAAUUGGAAGCUCUUCUCAAAGAAGUCCAAGAAAUGGAUCUGACGCCUUCGGAGCAAAUGUUGACCAGAGAAGAAACCCGUCAACAGCACGAGGCUCGAAAAAGAAUUAUUGAAGCAAAAAUAAUGCGUCUCAAACUGCAUAUUGGCACACUUGAGACAAUUAAUGCUAACUGGGUCCAAUGCAUACAACAGGUUCUAGCAACGAAGAGAAAGGAAGAGGAAGACAAAUACGUCAAAAUGGUCGAAGAUAAAAGAGCUACUGAAAGAAUACUUCGACAACUUGAAGCAAUAGGUGAAAAUCUCGAACAAUCCAAUAUUGAAAUUAUCAUUGAAAAUAAACUGCCUGCCUGGAUUCUGGACAGAGUGUAUCAACAAAAGGAACAAGAAAUAUGGUCAGUAGCUAAGCUAAGACAUUUCUUAGUAAAACUGAUCCAAAGAAACGAAGAAGUUACAAGAAGCCAAUCCCUUGACAUCAUGAAAGAGAAAAGGGAAACUAAAAGUAAAAUUGGUCCACUAAUCAGCAAUAUUUUACAAAAGAAACUUCGGCUCUAA